AGCACUACAUCCACUGAACCAUUGCCACCCGCAAUUGAAAUUUGUUUCAUACAAAUUUUAAAUCUAAUCUUAGAACACGGUACUCGUUUAUAUCUCAGUGCUCUUUGAGCCAGACUUAAAUAUUUACGUAUGAAAAUUGGUUAAAAGUUGUCGUCAGAAUUUUAGAGAAUCGUAAGAAAAAAUUAAAAUAUACAUAUACCUAGUACUUAGGUAAAAAGUAGGUAGUAAAGCAAGGUGUCAAGAACUCGAACAAAAUUUUUAUCGCACCCACCUUUUUCUUCACUCAGGCAUGUUUUAACUGAAAAUUACCUCCAAGAACAAUAAUUUAGAUGAAAUUUUUUUUAAAGAAAUCUAGUUUUUAUUAAUUUUUUGUUCCUUUAACUUCUUGUAAAAGAUUGCGUUCUUGAUAAAAAAAAAUUGAAUAUUAGAUUAAUUCGAAAAUUAUCUUUUCUUUUUUUUCCUUACUAGCAUUUUAUUAUGUACAUAUUUUAAUGAAAAAAAAAAUUGUUUUAAUUCCUUAACUUUUUGGUAGGUACUGUAGAAAAACAAAAUGUGUCAAAGUUAGAUUUUUUCAGGGCAAUGCCGCUAUAUUUAAACUUUUAGUUACAAGAAAAUACAAAAAAUAUUUUUCAAAUUUCUAUAACAUUUUUUUUUCUUAUUGUGAAAAUCAUUUCAUAUCAAAUCUUUUGUUGUAUCGUUUUUAAAGCAAACAAAAAGCUGUGAAAAGUUAUGAGUUAAGUCACACCCGUUUGUUAACAUCUCUAUGAAGAAAAUGUCUAUCAAUUUCUUCAAAAAUGUUUAACAAAAAAAGUAUUUCAUUCAUAAAAUAAGACUUUUUCUAAAAAACAAUUCGACAUUGAAAUUUAAAAAAAAUAAAUUUUGCCAACAUUUAAGUCAAUAUGAACCAAUGUACAAGAAUUCCAUAAUUAUUUAUCUACCAUAUUCUUGGAAAUUCACCGUACUACGAACCGAACAAACAAACAAAAAAUUCCCCUCUUUAAUUCGGAUACAUGUUGUGUAUGUGUUACAAUUCCGGAUAAAGAAAAAUACUUAUUCGGAUUUCUUUUGUUCGCCUCUCUACGAUUUCCAGAUAUUUUAGUAUCUAUCAACGCACACACAUGCCGGAUUGUACUUGUCGUUGUAGCUGCGCUGUAAAUUUGUCAACGACACAGCAAGUCGGCAACAAACACAUACACACAAAACGUGGCUCUGGCGUCUGCUUUUCAGCUUGCUCUAAAACGUGACGCAUUUUAGUAUUGAUUUUCUUCUUGAACCGAACAGACAUAGACUCUUACUUCGUAUAUUUCUAUUUAUUUGUUUUUGUAUUCGUUUUUUUCAUGUUUAAAUAUGGAUUCCACAUCCGAACAAAAAACACAAGAACAACAACAACAAAAAACCACACAAAAAAGAAAACAUGUGACUCUCACAAUCAGCAAUAAAUUAAAAGUUAUUGAAAAAAUAGAAAGAGGCGUAUCGGGUCGAUUAAUAGCCGAAAUGUUCGGAAUAUCCAGACAAACAGUUUCGGAUAUAAAAAAGCAUACGCCCAUUAUCAAAGCCUAUGCAGCAGAAUUUGAUGGCGCAAAUAAUACGAAAAACACUUCAAUCUCGAAAAGAAUGAAAUUCAGACGAACCAAAGAUGACCGUUUGGAAUCGGCUCUUUAUGCUUGGUAUAUUAGACAGAGAAGGAACGAUGUUGACGUUCAAAUUUCGGAUCUUAAGACAGCUGCAGAAGAGCUAAAACAACAAUUGGGAAUCACAACAGUGGUUUGCAAUGCGACUUGGUUAGCUCGUUUUAGGUAUCGAAAUAAUAUUCAAGACAGUGAUAUUGGAAUAAUUAGGGAAGAAGACCCUCAAUCUGAAGGUUCGUUUUCUUUGAAUGACAAAGAAGAAGAUCCAAAGAGAAGAGAUGAAAAAGAGGAUUCAGAAAUAAAUGAAGCAUCUGCAAUGGUUCCUUUUGAUUUUAUUAUUAAAGAAGAAGAAGAAACAGAAGAUGUAGAAGAAUGGGAUUAUAUUCCAAGUGAAUCGAAUGAACAAGAACAGGAAGAAUCAACAACAACAACAACAACAACAACGACGACGAUGAACAUGGCAAUACCGAAGGAGAAUUCUGUACUCAAAGCUGCCAGAGAAGGUAUUGAUGCAGUCAUCAACUAUAUAGGGCACACAUCGAAUCGAGAGUUGUGGACUCACUAUGAAAGAUUGAGAGUUGUGCGUGAGCUGAUUAUUGAAGAUCAGAAGAAGAUGCAUGGUAAUUCUUUGGAAGGGGUUGAAGCUCAAUUUAAUUUUCCAAAUACUUGAUUGUUGAUAAAGAAUUGUUGUACUUAAAAAAAAAUAAAAGUUUUUAAAAUGCAAAUAAUGUGUACUACUUUAUUUAAAGUUUUUUUAUGAUGAUUUCGAUAUUUAAGAAUACAUGUUCUUAAAAAUCAUU